UGGUAAUUGGACUUUUUUUUGUUGAGAUAAUCUGAUGCUGACGUGCUGUGGCGUAUUGGGAUCCUCUUGCUUGUCUCUCUUCUAUAAAUACCAUGCAGCCCCGCCGAGAGUCUCCGCAGUAGUAGUUCAUAUAUCUACAUACACAUCGUUAUAGAUCUUUGUCUAAAUUGAAGCCCGGAUGGACAUGCACUGCCAGACGACGCGGCCUUGGGGAGCCUAUUUCCCGGCGAGAUCAAGCGGCGGCGAGGACCCGGUGGAGCGAAUAGAGAGGCUGGCGGCCGAGAACGCGGUGGUGAUAUUCAGCCAGAGCACGUGCUGCAUGUGCCACGCCGUGAAGCGGCUGUUCUGCGGCAUGGGCGUGAACCCCACCGUGUACGAGCUGGACGAAGACCCCCGAGGCCAGGAACUGGAGACGGCGCUCAUGCUGCUCCUCGGCGGAGCCUCCUCCUUGCCGGUGGUGUUCGUGGGCGGUAAACUGGUCGGAGCCAUGGACCGAGUCAUGGCCUCCCACAUCAACGGCUCCCUCGUGCCGCUCCUCAAAGAAGCCGGCGCUCUCUGGCUCUAACUACGACUACUUCGCUUUCUAAUUCAUAUAUAUAUAAUAAUUAGAUAUAGGCAUAGUUACCCCAGAGGAACAAGAGAGGAGGAGUGCUUUAUUGAGUUUUUUUUUAGUUGUUUUCGUAUGGUUCUCUUCUCUUCCAUCGCUCCUCGGUUGUUGCUUAAUUUGUUUUAACCAGUACUCUACUCUGAUAUAAUAUUGUGCUCUCCUCUUCUCCUCCCCCCAUCUGUAUAGAGAGCUAAACAGGGAUGAUGAAUGAUGUGUUUUAACUUAAUUAGCGUUGCAGAGAAGUCGUUGCUUCGCCAUUGUCGGUGGCUUUGUUUCUUCCAACUUUUUCGCAGCUACGUGGAAGGAGAAGAGGAGGGACGAUGUAGAAGAGAAGAAGGGGAAUGCCACGUAAACCGUAUAAAGUUACAACUAUCAAAAAUCAUCGUACAUAUUAUAUUAUGAGCUUUGCUGUUCAUCCAGUGCCCAUGUUGACAUGCUAAUUUGGGCCUGGAGUCCACAAAUAAAUAAUGUUGUAAUUUUAA